UAAUUUUCUGAAUUUCUUAUUCUUUAGUAUAUUUUUACCAAAAUCAUCUUUGAACGUGUAAUUACAGAAGACCUUGGAGGUUAUCUGAGAAAAGAACUAAUUCAUGAAAACAUACAUUUAUCCAGUUGCACACACACACAUACACAAAUGAAUAAUAAGAUGAAGAUGGGUAAAAUGCAAUUGCUGAACAUCUGAAGAGUCUUCAAACUCAUAUAUAUUAAACUUCCUGGACAACUGAAGUUAACUGAUCUGGGUCCUAAGAGGAAAUCCUGCUACUGGUAAAAAUGCUGAGACUUAAGGAAACAUUUGACUGUAAGAGCUAUGACUUCUCUGAUAUUCAGUUGGCAUAACCCCACAUGUCAAUGGAACUACAGCUAAAUACUGUAGUAGCCAUUGUACUCUUUUAUUUUCUGAAAUUCCUUUAAUGAGGCUGCUGCCCACCAAACAAACUGGGUGUAUUGAAUUUGCAUCUUCUUUCCCAAGACAUAUUCCUUUUUAAUGCAAUGUUUGGAAAAGAUUUCUAAAAGGUAAAAACUUUAACUUUUUCUAAAGAGUACCUAAGUUAUUGAGGUUUAUCUAUGCUCUGUUAAAUUCUAAAACAUAUCCAGAAAAUCAUGUUAGUUUAGAUUCCUAAGCAUUUAAGAAGACAUAGCCUGACACUAGUUAUUUUUGUAAAACCUAAUUCCACAAACAGGCGUAUAAAUGUCAGUGAUCUAUGAUAGACCUUUCUUAUUCAAUGCAAGGCACUGUAUCAGGCAAGUUUCAUCUCAAUUUGAGUGUUGUCCAUCACCACAAAAGCUGCUUAUUUUAAAUGUGUAAACUGGAAGUGAUAAAUACCUAAACUUACCUGAAUUUCAGUUUUUUAAAUAGAGCUUUUAUGGGAAAAUUAAAGCAGGGAGCUAUUUUUCUAAAUAGUUAAUAAACUACAUUGAAGUUUUUGUGCCUUGAAUAUGAUACCUUUGGAAAUACAAAUUGUCCAUUUCUGAAGUGGGAAAGCUUUCCUAAACUGCUCCCUCCUGAAGUUUCUAUAUCCUUCAAAAGAAAUGCCAGCAUGACUCAAAGCCCAGUGGAGUGAAAGAGUGCUGUGACACUGAGAACCUGUGUUUCUAAUCCUAUCAGCUUCUUCCUGGCAUCACUGCGAUCACAUGUCACCAACAAUGGAGUAGCAGAGGCUGAUCUAUUCCUAUUGGAGAAGAAUUGUUUGGACUAUCAUCAAGUACCUGAAUACUGAGUGUUUUUGGCCCUUGACACUGUCCUAUACCUUACAUGGUGUUUAUAGGUGAAAUAGGACACAUGUUGUUGGUACUCUGUGAACUUUCAGAUUCCUAAGAACUUGCAUGAAGUGAGCAAAUGAGAGAGGAACAUGGCACUAUUGAUUAUACUGAUUACCUACUUUACUACUACCCAGUCUUGCCAGACCCCUGAUGAUUUUGUGGCUGCCACCUCCCCGGGACACAUCAUGAUAGGAGGUUUGUUUGCCAUUCAUGAGAAAGUGCUGUCCUUGGGAGUCUGUCCUAGACGACCAGAAAUCCAGCAAUGUGUCGGCUUUGAAAUAUCAAAUUUUCUUCAAACUCUUGCCAUGAUACACAGCAUUGAGAUGAUCAAUAAUUCAACACUGUUAUCUGGAGUCAAACUUGGGUACGAAAUCUAUGACACUUGUACAGACGUUACAGUGGCGAUGGCAGCCACUCUAAGGUUUCUUUCUAAGUUGAACUGCUCCACAGAAAUCAUGGAGUUUAACUGUGACUAUUCCUACUACAUGCCAAAGGUUAAGGCUGUCGUAGGUGCUGGCUACUCAGAAAUAACCAUGGCGGUCUCCAGGAUGUUGAAUUUACUGCUCAUGCCACAGGUGAGUUACGAAUCAACUGCAGAAAUCCUAAGUGACAAAAUUCGUUUUCCUUCAUUUUUACGGACUGUGCCCAGUGACUUCUAUCAAACUAAAGCAAUGGCCCACCUGAUUCAGAAUUCUGGAUGGAACUGGAUUGGCAUCAUUGCCACGGAUGAUGACUAUGGACGACUGGCACUCAACACCUUUGCAAUUCAGACCAUGGCAAAUAAUGUGUGCAUAGCUUUCAAAGAAGUUCUCCCAGCGUUCCUCUCAGAUAAUACCAUCGAAGUCAGGAUUAAUCAGACGCUUGAAAAAAUCAUAGCAGAAGCCCAGGUUAAUGUCAUUGUGGUAUUUCUGAGGCAAUUCCAUGUUUUCAGUCUCUUCAGUAAAGCCAUUGAAAGGAAUAUAAAUAAGAUCUGGAUUGCUAGCGAUAACUGGUCAACAGCCACCAAAAUUACCACCAUUCCUAAUGUUAAAAGGAUUGGCAAAGUUGUUGGGUUUACUUUUAGAAGAGGGAAUAUGUCCUCUUUCCAUUCCUUUCUUCAAAAUCUGCACAUGUUUCCUGGUGAUAAUAACAAGCCCUUAAAUGAAUAUGCAGCGCUGUUGUCUGCCUGUGCAUAUGCCAAGGAUAGUGAUUUGAGCCAAUGCAUUUCCAACCAUUCUCAGGGGACUUUAGCUGACAAGGCUGACAAGGAUAUAAAAAGCAACUUCUCUCUGAGAAAUGACUUCCUGUGGGAUUAUACUGAGCCAGGACUUGUUCACAGUAUUCAACUUGCAAUGUUUGCUCUUGGCUAUGCCAUUCGGGAUCUGUGCCAAGCUCGAGACUGUCAGAACCCCAGCGCCUUUCAACCAUGGGAGUUACUUGAUGUACUAAAAAAUGUGACAUUCACUGAUGGAGGGAAUUCAUUUCAUUUUGAUGCCCAUGGGGAUAUGAACACUGGCUAUGAUGUUGUGCUCUGGAAGGAGAUCAAUGGCCACAUGACUGUCACCAAGAUGGCACAGUAUGACCUGAAGAAUGAUGUCUUCAUUAUCCCAGACCAAGAAACAAAAAAUGAGUUCUGGAAUCUUAAGCAAAUUCAGUCUAAGUGCUCCAAAGAAUGUAGUCCUGGGCAAAUGAAGAAAACUACAAGAAGUCAGCAUAUCUGCUGCUAUGAAUGUGUGAACUGUCCUGAAAAUCACUACAGUAAUCAGACAGAUAUGGAUCACUGUCUUCUAUGCCACAAUGAAACUCACUGGGCCCCUGUAAGGAGCACGAUGUGCUUUGAAAAGGAAGUGGAGUAUCUCAACUGGAAUGACUCCUUGGCUAUCCUGCUCCUGGCCCUUUCCCUCUUGGGAAUAGUGUUUGUUCUGGCCAUUGGCAUAAUAUUUACACGAAACCUGAGCACCCCCGUUGUGAAAUCGUCUGGAGGACUGACGGUCUGCUAUGUGAUCCUCCUCUGCCAUUUCCUCAACUUUGCCAGUACCGCCUUUUUCGUCGGAGAACCGCAGGACUUUACGUGUAAGACCAGGCAGACGCUAUUUGGCGUGAGCUUUACUCUGUGCAUCUCCUGCAUUUUAAUGAAGUCCCUGAAAAUUUUGCUAGCCUUCAGCUUUGAUCCCAAGUUGCAGAACUUCCUAAAGUGCCUCUAUAAACCAAUCCCCAUCAUCUUCACUUGCACGGGAAUCCAAGUUGUCAUUUGCACACUUUGGCUGAUUUUUGCAGCACCUGCUGUGGAAGAGAACGUCUCCUUGCCCAGAGUCAUUAUCCUGGAAUGUGAGGAAGGAUCCAUUCUGGCAUUUGGCACCAUGCUGGGUUAUAUUGCCAUCCUGGCCUUUAUUUGCUUCAUAUUUGCCUUCAAAGGCAGGAAGUUACCUGAGAAUUACAACGAAGCCAAAUUCAUAACAUUUGGCAUGCUCAUUUACUUCAUAGCUUGGAUCACAUUCAUCCCCAUCUAUGCUACCACAUUUGGAAAAUAUUUGCCAGCUGUGGAGAUUAUUGUUAUUUUAAUAUCUAACUAUGGCAUCCUGUGUUGCACAUUCUUCCCCAAAUGCUAUGUUAUUCUUUGUAAGCAAGAAACUAACACAAAAUCUGCCUUUCUCAAGAUGAUUUACAGCUACUCUACCCACAGUGCAGACAGCCUCACCAUGAGUCAUGCUUCCCUGGCCUCCACUAGCAUCGGUAUCACCAGGACCAAUCCCAGCUCUGCUGGUAAGCCUGCAGCUUGGCAGAAUAGCAUGGAACUUCAGGCACAAUCAUUUGCAUACAUAUGCAAAGAAAAUACUCCAGGUUUAUCUAAAACUUUGCAACGAAAAAGAAUUUCAAGUAUAUGAAUGAGUUCCAAGAGAUGGCACAUUCCAGAAUAAAAUAU